AUGGAAGAUAAAACUCGUAACCAACUCGCUAUGCUAGGCGAGCGGCGCGCAGCCAAUAACGCAGCCUUCAAGCAGAAAUUGCAGCAAAUGGCCCUACCUCUUGCACCACUGGUUCAGCUCACGACAGGCGAAGUCCACCCGGCAUUCCCAGGGACACUGUUGAACUUUUGGCUCUUGACGGACUCGCAGCUGGAAGAGCUCGCCCACUUCUACCACCAGCGGACACCUUGUCAAUAUACCUCCCAGUAUCCGUCGCCCAUAAACUGGUCUUCAGACAUGCCGCUUGAAGAGAAACGCCGCAAGAUUGGCCGCUUCAUUGGAUUACGUGGUUGCGAAACCCCUAUUCGCCUAUUAACCGAAGACGAGCUCAUGGAAAACGCGCGGCGCGCAAGGCUAGCAGAGGAAGAUGAGAUGUGGAGACGGAAGUUACCAUGGUAUUGA